AUUUUAAUAGGAAACGCCGUCCGCUGUCAUAGUUUGCUCUAGUUGUGUAUUUCGUUUGAUUAAUUUUUGACAGUUCUGUUCGAAGCAUAAUUUUUGUUACUGCAAGCAUGGCGCUAACGAACUCGAAUUUCGGCAACUUUUGUCUUUUCAUGACGGCAUGGUUACUUUUGUCAGUAUCGGUUUAUAACUUUGUAUUACUCAAUCCCUUGGCACCUGCGAUGCGCACAAUGUAUGAGACUACACAUAUGAGCCGCUACAAUGAGACAAUGCCAGAGGAUACGUGGACCAUCUUAUACGCAGUUUCUGUCUCUUGCAUUUACUUUGGCGGAUUAAUCGGUGGAGUAGGUAUGAACUUCAUGCUCUCCUACGUCAGCAGAAAGGGGCUCAUGCAGCUCUCUCAUGUGAUUAAUAUCACGGGCGUGAUCGUGAUAGCUUUAGUGGCGGGAACGACUUGGUCAUAUGAGGCGUUGAUAAUUGGACGUAUUAUAGGCGGUAUUUCACUUGGAAUGGCUUACAAUUUACCUUGUCUAAUGGUGUCAGAAAUGAGCGCAAAUUACAAGCAAAACUUCUGGCAAAGUGUCAUUGGUUUAAGUAGCGCGUUUGGAAUUCUUCUUGGCUCGAUUUUUAGUCAUCCAAAGAUUUUGGGUUCUUUGAGUCUUUGGACAGUGUUGGUCAGUUUAGCUGUUAUUCCUUCACUUAUAUAUCUGAUAUCCAGUCACUGGAUUCCCAACACGCCAUUCUAUGUAUUGAGAACUUACGGGAAAGACGAGGCUUUGAAAGUGCUUAAAAAACUUCGAAAGGGAACAUUGGCUGAAAUUAAAGAAGAACUUGCAAGUAUGUCCGAAGAAAUCGGCGGAAAACGUAAAGUGCGUAUAAAAGAAAUGCUUACGACCAAAGAAUACAGGGAUAUGUUCGUUGGAGUGAUAGCUCUUUGUCUAAGCGCUAUUUUAGUUGGAGUGGAUAACGUGCUUCUGUAUUCGGACCAAAUUUUCAUUGAUGCUGGUAUUAGCCCUGAUAAAGCGACUUACGCCACAAUUGGUGUUUUCGCCAUGCAACUGCUUGCAGGAGUAGUAGGGUCGAAAAUCGUGGACCGUUUCGGAGGAUUCAAAGUCCACGUGGCGAGCAACAUUCUGAUUAUUUUCGCCCACGUGACAUACACCGUCAGUCAACUAGCCACACCAGCGGCACCAAACGCCAUGCCAUACGUUGCAAUAUUUGCCGUUGGUAUUUUUCUCAUUGCUUGGUCUGGCGGAACUAAUCUUACAACUUUUGCCUUACUUGGAGAAAUUACUAGUGAACCGACACGUUCUACUGCAUAUGGGUAUUCUGCAGCAAUACUUUGGGUUGUAGCGUGGGUGGCAAGCUUCAUACCACCGUACCUACAGAUAUACCUCGGCUCUUAUGCGCUUACAAUAUGGAUCGGGUUCGCUGUAUUGUUCAUUUUAUUUGACGUCAAACUAAUUUCACGAUUGAGACGCCAACGACGUCAUGAGGCCAGGGUUCACAGGGGACCUGAAAGUAUCGAGCUUAAGGCUUAACUUUCGAAAGGCUAUGGAUUAAAAGUGUGGGAAAUAGUGCCAGUUGAAAAGUGUGAGCUAUUGUACACAUUCUUGCCUCAAGGAAAUAGACAAAACAUAACAGCUGGUAUACGAAAGAGUUCAGGAAAAGCAAUAUUCGGUGUUUUUCCAUACCCUUCUGAUUCUGCCAAAGCAAACGUUACGUUCUAUUCUUCGUCUAUUCACAGAGCAUGGCAUGUUUGCGGGUCGCCUGCAUGAACUGCAUGAAAAAGUUCACACCCGUUUCAAAAUCGAAGAAAAUUCAAAGAAAAAAUCGCUUGAAAAACGAAGAUAAAAUCUUCGUAGAAAAAUGUCUUAUUAUAAGAACGCUAGAGGACAAUCAAGGGAAGAUCUCAUGUUUAUACUUUGAAUGUAUCAGUUGAACAUUAUUCUUAAAAUGUAAUUCGUUGGCCCAUAGCUCUCUCUUAGACUAUGUAUAUGAUUACAAUGGUUUGACCAUUGUGUUUCAUAAGGUAGACUGCCUGACUUUCCAUUUGACUCUUGAUAAGUAUCAUAUGCCUCGAAUUCUUUGUACAACCAGUUCCAGCUAUUUUUGUUUUUUGAUCUAUUUUUGAACUUGUAGCAUAUACCCUAGACUCUUUCUUCUGUUUGUGUGUAAAAUAUAGAACAUCUUGGAAUAUCAGACCUAUAUGUUUGCAUAGUGUAAUCUGAACUACUUGCUAAAUAAAAACGACUCAAAUCAAUGA